UCAUUUGCUUGAUGUGAGUGGAACAUUCGUUUAUGUAUGCAUUUAUCCCGCAUUUACCAAGUACACUCUAAAUGUCAGAUGCCAUACCAGGUGGGGAGGACACAGGUAGGGUCCACCUGAUUCCUGCCCUGUACAGGCUAGCUGGGGAGACAGUCAAGGAAAAGGGGAGGGACAGGUGGUACCAGGGUUCUUUGGGGGCACAGAAGAAAAAGGGAUGUGGGAAGCAGCCCUGGAGGGUGACAUGCAGGGUCUUUGAGAGCCAAGGGAGCAGCAUGUGCAAAUGCAGAGGGGAGCCUUUAAAUUUCUCUCUUGGGAGCCUACUUGGUGCUAUUAGCCGAGAAGGGGAGACUAAAAGAGGUUUGGAUGCAGGGGGCUUUUGGGGGUGGGCCGUGGGGGGCGGUGGUAUGGUUGGAAAGGAGAGCAUGUUAAAGAGCAGAGAAACUGAUGGUCCCUCACUCCACCAAGUGUUUGCUGCCCCCGUGUGGUCUCAGGGCCUGCCGUGGCUCCAGGCCCCUUUCCAUCUGGCCUGCCCACCGGCCCACCGGCGCGGUCUCAUUGGCAUCUCAAACUCAGCACGUCUGAAACUGGGAGUCAUCCUAGACUCUUCCCUCCUUCUUCGUCCGAACAGUCGUCAAAUCUACCUCCUGGUACCGUCCAACUUAAUCUACUUUUCCCCAUUCCCACUGCUGUUUCUCUGGUUCAUUCUUUCAACAAAUGAUUUAUAACAAAUAUUUGAGCGCUUAUUAUACGCGGAGCAACGUACGAAUCUCCGUGGACAUGCCCCCGGGACUUUGCGGGCAGGAGUCACCAGCGGUUGCGGCCCGCCCCCGCCCGUGCUGCAGCCACAGUGCGCUGUGCACACGAACUGGUUUGACUUGCGCCUGAUGAAAACCCCCCCGUGGUUCGCCAGUGCCCACGGGGUGAGGUCCAAGCUCAGAACUCGCUGGUCAAGGCUCUCGCCCUCGCAGCAGCGGCCACUUCAAACGGCACCUCUUGCUCUUGUCCAAAGCGAAAGCCGCUGCUCCGCCUUUGCUGCUUCGGUGUGCUCAACGGGUAACGCCCGCCCUGUCAUCUUCUAAGGGCCAAAGCCUCCGCAUCCUUCGGACGCGGGACUCCUCCAACGGCCGCUCCUCUCCUCCGCAGGGCUCUCUCCGCCCCAACAGGAGUGCUCCUCGCCCGGGGCUGAACAGCUGAGACAGCCCGCGCGCUCCGGGUCUGCGCGUCGGGCCCAGCUCACUCUCCGGCGUCCCCCCACCUCUCGGUUUGCGGGUGGAGGCGCUGGGGGUCCCCGCCCCCUCAGGCCCCGCCCCGUCCGGCGUGCGCGGCCUCGCGGCCUCGGCGCGCUCCCGGGCGGCACCAUCUUGGCUUCGGAUCGAGCUUGAGGAGUGUUCUGCCGUGGUGUGGGUAGCAGGACUCAGACACGACAGCAGCCGGAUGGAGCACUACCGGAAAGCUGGCUCUGUGGAACUGCCAGCACCUUCCCCGAUGCCCCAGCUACCGCCUGAUACCCUGGAGAUGCGGGUCCGAGAUGGCAGCAAAAUCCGCAACCUGCUGGGCCUGGCGCUGGGGCGGUUGGAGGGCGGCAGUGCUCGGCAUGUGGUGUUCUCAGGUUCUGGCCGGGCUGCAGGCAAGGCUGUCAGCUGUGCUGAGAUUGUCAAGCGGCGGGUGCCAGGCCUGCACCAGCUUACCAAGCUGCGCUUCCUACAGACCGAGGACAGCUGGGUGCCAGCCUCACCCGACGCAGGCCUAGAUCCCCUCACGGUACGCCGCCAUGUGCCUGCGGUAUGGGUACUGCUCAGCCGAGAUCCACUGGACCCCAAUGAGUGUGGCUACCAGCCCCCAGGGGCACCCCCUGGCUUGGGCCCCACACCUACCUCCAGCUCUGGCCCCCGACCCCGAAGAAGGGCUCGAGACACCCGGUUUUGAAGACUUGCUGGCAAGCUGUUCUCCAGGCCUGAAUGUCUAGGAUGGCUGGGCCUUCUUUGAGAAGCCUCUGUAACUGCUCAACACCCCCAACAAGACUUGAGUCUACAGAAGUGGGCCUCCCUGGCCUGCUUCCACUUCCCUCUGGCUUGUGGAAAGGGACUGCUAUGAAGAGUGACAGGUGUGGAGUCUCUGCCGGGUUCUGGAUUGCCUUCUACCUACAGUGCCUCUGAUCUACUUCCUGACAGAGGUCAAAGGAGUGGGUUAGGAAAUAAAGGUUCUGCCCAUUCGUCUGA